ACAUUGUGCACGUGGGAACAACGCUUCGUCUCUGAUCAAUUAUUAGUCCUCAGUGAAGCCAACUCUGCCGAGAGGACCUUAAAUCAGGAACAUAACAUGGCAAGUGAUGAAGUUAACCCAAAGGCCUUCCCAUUGGCUGAUCCACAACUGACGGUGACCAUCCUUGAUCUCCUUCAGCAAGCUUCCUCAUACAAACAGCUCAGGAAGGGAGCUAAUGAAGCCACCAAGUGCCUCAACCGUGGUGUUGCUGAGUUUAUUGUUAUGGCAGCAGAUACAGAACCACUAGAAAUAUUGCUCCACCUUCCCCUCUUGUGUGAAGAUAAGGUAGGGAAGUUCAUUAAAUUGUUGUUAAACAUGCAUAAUUACAGGUACGGUGAAACAUUAUAGCAAAAAAAUUUAAAG